AUGAGAUUCUCAACAAUUCUUUCAGCCUUGAGCGUUAUGGUCGCGGGCGCCUCUGCAGCACCUUCACGCAACUGGCAGCCCACAGGUGGAUGGAACAGCCUCGACUAUGGCACCUUCAACUGGGACAACAUUCCAUUUGAUAAUGUUGACUGGACCCAGGUUGACUGGAACAAAAUUUCUUUCGCCAGUUUCCCUUGGAAUCGGCUCACGUCGGGCAAUUACGGCUGGUGGCAAUGGCAAAGUGCCUUCAAGAGUUUCACCUCGUUCCAGAACGUUCUAGCAACUCCCAGCCAAGUUGUUAACGGCACUGCACCUGCCCUCGUCACCUUCACCGGCGGUCUUCGCGGUGCCAAGGGUGUCUUCCAGUACGGACUCUUGUCUGAUCAGAACGUCAUUUGCUGGAACAUUGCCGUCACUGGAUUCCAAGGCCAAUAUCAAUCACUUGCCCGUACAGCGACUCACAUUCACCAAGCCGGCGUGGGCAACAACGGCCCUCCACGCAUCGUGUUCCCCAACCCUGUUCUCGUCAAUGUCGCUAACCCUCUCGGCAAGAGAGUCAGUGUGGGUUGUCAAAAGGGACCAUUCACAACUGGCAUUCUCCGGAGUGGUGUCGAUACUGGCUUUGGAUUCACCGUCCGCCAGAUUGAACGAAACCCGACCAAUUUUUUCACCGAUAUCCAUUCCAGCCUGGCUGUUCCUGGUGCCGCUAGAGGUCAGUUUUCUUAG